AUGUCUGGUAGCAGUACGUCAGCCGGAGAUGUCUUAUUAUCUAAAGCCUUUGUUGUGCAUGAAAUAAAUGGUCAAUUUCAAUUGUGGGAUUUACCUCGACGUCCUAUAAAUCCUGACGAUGUUCUCAUUCGAAUUUUAUAUUGCGGUAUGUGUCAUGGUGAUAUCCAUGCGGUGAAAAAUGAAUGGAAGAAUAGCAAGUAUCCAAUGGUACCCGGCCAUGAAAUAGUAGGUAUUGUUGAAAAAGUAGGUGAUCAAGUAACUAAAGUCAAGCAAGGUGAUCAUGUUGGAGUCGGAUUCAUUGUUAAUUCCUGCCGUCAAUGCAAUCAAUGUAAAUAUUUAUCUCUUAUUCAUGAAAUUGAUUCUAAUAUAUCUGUAGGCAAGAAGAAUCUUGAACAACAUUGCACUGAAGGUUGUGUGGGAACAUUUAACAGUACCGAAAUGGACAAAAAGACGACAACAUAUGGAGGUUAUUCAAAUUUAAUUGUUGUGGUUGAACAUUUUGUAUUGAAAAUUCCCAACAACCUACCUUUGGAUAAAGUAGCUCCACUUCUUUGUGCCGGUAUUACUGUCUAUUCUGCUCUUCGUCAACAUAACGUUGGUAAAGAUACUCGAAUGGGGAUUGGAGCACCGCCGACACCUCUUGAAGUUCCACCAUUUUCUCUAAUUCAAAAACGCUUGAAUGUAACAGGUUCUUUCAUUGGUGGAAUGAAAGAAACACAAGAAAUGCUUGAUUUUAGUGGUCAACACAAUAUAACAUGUAAGAAUAUUAUUUCUGGCUUUGUUUCAGUUAGUUUUCAUCGAAUCUAUAGACAAUCAGAAUAUGGAUAG